AUGCCUAGUGCGGAGACUACUGUGCGGCUGUUCACACGCACUUGGUCGAUCAUGGCAAAGGCCUUGGCUGAUGCAAGUUAUGCAGAGAGAGUCACUGUUCGUCAAGCAGUCAAGAAGGUGGCUUUGGUGAGGAGUUGCCAGCUCACAGUCUCCGGCUACUCUCCCUUGGUGAUAGCUACUGGGAGACGGCCUCCUGAUUUGUUUGAUGUGGAGACUAGAUCUUCGGAACAGCUCUCUGCUGAUCCUGCUGAAGAGGAUCGGACCACUCUGGAACUGCAGAGAAUUGCCAUGAGAGCUCAUCAAGAAGCGAGGCAGUCACUUGAUCUCCGGGAGGACCGUGCACGACGAGUGACGCCGUCCCAUGGUCCAUACCAGAAAGAGGAUCGUGUGUUUGUCUGGCAGAAAGAUGAGUCGAAGAAGAAGUCCGCAGGCAUCUGGGCAAGAGGAAUUGUUGUGUCACAAGAAAGUGCCAUGCUCUUGGUUGAAGUUCAUCGCGCUGUGCUUCGAGUUAAUCAGUCGAAGGAUGAGGCACUUGAUAAGAUCGGAGACAAAAUCUUUGAGGAUGCCGCCUCACUGCGUGUGCCUGUCGUUCGGGUCUGGUUGCGAGUGAACAUGUUCUGUGUGGUGAAUGGUCUGCCGUUGGUACUUGGUUACUAUCAUCUAUUCUUCGAGUUCUGGGUUUUGGUUGUCUCAGCGCAGUCGCUCCCUGAAGUGGAAAAGCAGCAUGACGUUUGCUUUCUGUUCGAAGAUAUCAUUGAGGAGUUUGAUGGAGCUUUGUGCGUGUUGUGCUUGAGAUCCGAAAGGAACUCAGAGGCACUGCCGGCGCACGCUACCAGUUCUCACGAUGCCGCCGCCGUGCCGCCGAUGAUUAAGAAUGUGCGCAUGGUCCGGUUGCUCGCAGGGGGCCUGAUGUGGAAAUGGAUUUCACGGACCAACUUGCACCGGCUCCGGAUGCACCGCAGCCUGGGACUCAUAUUCUCCAGCCACGACUGGUCUGGAAAUAUGAAGUGCGGCUGCCUCGGAAGUCUCAGCAGUGCCGACGUGAACGAGCUGGAACAGGACAUCCGUGAUAUCUCCGAUAUGAGGGGCCAUCAGAGUAGUUGGGCUGUUAAGUCGUCAGAGAACCUCUCUGGAACUUUGUGCCACAACGAACGCUUCAAGCUCGGCACCUAUAUGGAGCUCAGUCUGGAAGAGCUGCAGCAAUCGAAGGUUCGCCCCUUCGACUGGAACCCCCGGAAGAUUGUCGCUUUCGUCAUGGCCAACUCAAAGGGCCGGUUCCAGGUUUGGCUGCAUCCUGCGGCGCUCGUCUUCGACAGGUUCAUUUCGUGGGGUUUCGACAGCGGAAUCAGUCGACUUCCUGAACAGGCCAAGAAGCACCGGGAGAGAGUCUCGAGCCGUGUCCGCCAGCGUGGCUGCAUAUUCCAUGCCACGGAGAAUGCGAAUUACGAGUCGAUUCGCAACUGCGGCCUGGUGUUGCAGGCUACCAAGCAGAGCUGGCAGCAGCACCGCAGGGCGAUACGCUUUGUAUACACCGGUGGCUUAGAGUUCCCGGGCUCACGGACGGUGAUAAGGUACGGCAGAAAUAUUUUCUAUGCAAUGUUGGAAGUGGAAGCAGUCUUCAACCAUGCAACAAGAUGUACACCAACUAUGGUGAUGCUCUUGUCAAAACCACUCGUGGGACAGCCUGCCGACACGGGCAACUAUUUCGUUGAUUCCAAGAAGCAGCCGAACGUUUGCACCAACGGCUAUCACUCACCUUUCAGCCAGGAUCCCCGUGACAAGGAGCCGAAGGUGGAUGAUCCGGACUAUGCUUCUAAGAUUUCUCCGUUCUCGUUCUCCGCUGUUGCUGAAGCGUAUGGUGUUGAUUUGUUCGGCUAUAUUCAGAAGCACGCCAGCGACCUCGAGAUGCGACGCACAUACAAGAUCGUCUCGGCCGAGGAGUACCAGCUGUUUGACAGCACUCUGCGCGAGCCUUUUGACGCUCCUUUUAUUCUCGCCUUUCUCGAGAAGGCUCUCUUGGACACGGAAGAGAAGCACUUUUCCUCUGCCUUUGCGCACAAGGAGCUGUAUUCCCGUCCUUACGAGGGCCUUGCCGUGGAGGAUGCCGCAGCGGACUUGCCACAAGGUGAGAUGGCGGACUCAUCCGAGAAGGAUGCCAGUGUGCCAAUGGAUACCGACGCUCCAGAAAGCUCUGCACAGGAAGAGGCAUCUGGAGUAAAGGUUGAGAAAACCGAAGGCUCUCCUCAGGGAGAGGGAUCGGGUGACCAAGAUGUGCACAUGGCUGACGCUAGAGAGGUAAAGCAAGAGGACCACGACAUGGCCAAGGGAAGCUCACCACAGCGUGAGGCACCCAUGUCAGACAUUGCUUCCUCGAAGGAUGCCGAUGGUGCUGAAGUUCUACGUGAUCAAGCCAUCUGGGAAAAAUGUCGUGGAUCCCGAGGCUUUCAAGGAGAGCUUCAGGGCAGCCUCGAGUGCGGAAGCUAA